AAAAAACAAGUAUGGCGUCUUCUAGUGUUUUCAGAUCGGGCUUGUUCAACCACAAAGUUGCAAUAGUAACGGGAGGAGGCACCGGCAUCGGUAAAGCUAUCUCUGCAGAGCUGCUAGAGCUGGGCUGCAGUGUGGUGAUCUCCAGCAGGAAGGCAGACAGGCUGGAGGCAGCGGCUCAGGAGAUGAGACAAAAAAUCCCUCCCUCCAGCCCUGCAUGUGUCACUCCCCUACCGUGCAACAUCCGCAACGAGGAUGAGGUGAAGGCUCUUGUGUCCACAGUGCUGAAGCAGUAUGGCCGAAUAGACUUUCUGGUGAACAACGGAGGAGGCCAGUUCAGCAGCCCGGCGGAGCACGUGUCCUCCAAAGGCUGGAAGGCUGUGAUAGACACCAACCUGACUGGAACCUUUCACUGCUGCAAGGAGGUCUACACUGCAUGGAUGAAACAGCAUGGAGGUGUGAUCGUCAACAUCAUCGCUGACAUGUGGAAAGGCUUCCCGGGCAUGGCGCACACAGGAGCAGCAAGGGCAGCAGUGGAUAACUUAACGAAGAGUCUGGCCAUCGAGUGGGCACAUUCAGGAGUCAGGGUCAAUGCUGUGGCACCCGGUACAAUCUUUUCCAAAACUGCAAUGGAGAACUACAAGGAGCUUGGACCAAAUCUUUUCAAGAUGUCCAUUCCAUUUAGCCCUGCAAAGAGACUGGGAGUACCAGAGGAGAUCUCAUCAGCAGUGUGUUUCCUGCUCUCUCCAGCCGCCUCCUACAUCUCUGGAGCCACACUGAGGGUUGAUGCAGGACAGAGUCUGUACCACUCCAUGUGGGAGAUACCAAACCACACUGCAUGGCCUGAGGCUCCAGAGGGGGAGAACCUGGAUGCUCUGAAGGACCUGCUCAACCCACAGAGCAAACUAUAAUCCAGAUCUGUGACACAGUCUGAGCAUAAACUCACAUUUAGCCAAUAAGCAUCAAGGUUGAUGAGCUGCACAGACCCCACAAGUCAUAAGCUACUUUCACACAUGCACUGCAGUCCUCAUCUUUUUUUUUUUUUUAGAUAUUACCCAGAGGAGUUGUGUAUGUGUAAACACAAAUGUUCCAGUCACUUUACACUGCCAGAUCCCUAAGACAAAGUUUGCGUAAUGUCCAAUGCAGCCAGUGUGAGAAUAGAGCAGGUGAUUGUCUGGAUAAUUCAUAGCAGGCGAGUGGGCAUAUUGAUGAUGUUUCUAUCCUGCUUCCUGCAUGUUCAAACAAGACGCCAGCGCCUAGAGUAUUUCUAGUAGGGGAGAACAUGUCUGACACAGACAGUCUCCUGUUGUGUGGUGCUUGUCUGAAAGGGGAGACUCCAGACAGCAUCCAGAGACUCCAGACAUCCGGAGUUCAUAUGUGAAAGUGGCUUUACUAAUAAAACACCAUGGUGGCCUUGUUAUGAGACGGUUGGAUUUAUUAGGCCAAUCGUGUACAUAAUUGUAUGUAACUGAUAGCAACACAAGUGUGUGAUUAGUUCUUGGGAAAAUGAUGGGUGACAAACUGCUAAAAUGAAUGAAGAGUAAUUUUUGUUCUCCAAUGCCUUUUUUAAGUUGGUAGGUAAACACAGAGUACUUCUUAACAGAGUCACUACAAAGGGCUUUACAAAAUAACAGAUGUAAAUAAUUCAGGAAAAUGGCAAUGCAUUUUUACAACCUGGCACUGAUUUUGUAUCUCUGAGGGAGUUUCAAAGUCAGGAGCUUCAGUGUCAAAUGCAAGAUUGAUUUUAGUUUUAAGCCUGGACUUGAGCUUGGUUUCUGCAGGCUUUCUGUUUUGUUUUGUUUUGUUUUGUUUUGUUUUGUUUUGUUUUGUUUUGUUUUGGGUUUUUUUUUGUUUUUUGUUUUGUUUUGUUUUCCAGGGCCUGAUUGUGUAAUUCUUUGCAAAUCAAAGGUUUGUGGCAUAGAUGAUUCAUAAUGAAAGUAAAAAUGUACAGUAGUGCAUGGAGAAGAGAUGUCUUUGAUAUAAUUAUGACAUGCAGUAAUUGUUACUUUUAACAUCUCAGUGUAACAUCUUAAGAAACACAUCUUUGUAUAACAUGAAAUGUGAGACAGAUUUGUUAAAGGGAUGACAGAAAAGUAAAAUUAUUUCUUACUAAGAUUAAACUGGAUAAGAAAAGAAAUAAAAUAUUUUUUGUCAUUAAAUGUAUAUCUGGGGAUGCAAAGUUUGUUUUAAACAGUCUACCAGGGGUUGAUAAUGGUGCAAGUAUUUACACAAAGAAAGAUUUUAGUUAUCUCUUGAGGUCCUGAACAGGGAUUAAUAUUUAGAUAUGGAUGAAUAAUAAUUGUACUGA